AUGUCUCAGUCACAACACACGUCCAAGCCUCUACGCGUGGGUCUCGUAGGCGGUGGGCGAAUUGGAAAAGUACAUGCAAAGAGUCUGCAGCGCGCGGGGGCGAUUGUCGCUAUGAUCGCUGACCCCAUUGGUGACGUCGCGCAGACAGUGGCCGCCGACUUUGGGAUCUCGCGCUGGACGAAAAGCGCUGCUGAGGUUUUCGGCGAUCCCGACAUUGACGCGGUCGUCAUCUGCUCCCCAACUGCGCUGCACGCAGAGCACAUCGUCGAAGCGGCAAGACACAAGAAGCAAAUCUUCUGCGAGAAACCCGUCGCUUUCAGUGUUGAUAAAGUCGACCAAGCCAUCAAGGCGGCAGGAGAUGCUGGCGUGAAGCUCAUGAUCGGCUUCAAUCGUCGAUUUGACGCCAACUUUGCACGCAUGAAGCGGGCGAUUGACUGCGACGAGAUCGGCAAGAUCAACAUGUUGCGUAUCACAAGUCGUGACCCUGGUGCCCCACCUAUUGAGUACGUCAAGGUGUCGGGUGGACUCUUUCAUGACAUGACUAUCCACGACUUUGACAUGGCGAGGUUUCUUGUUGGCGACGAAGUAGAUGAAGUCUACGCAAUGGCACAAAGCGUGAACCCGGAAAUUGCAGCAGUAGGCGACGUCGACACUGCCGUGGUCCUGCUCAAGUUCCGUAAUGGCGUCAUCUGCUACAUUGAAAACAGUCGGGAGGCGGUGUACGGAUACGACCAGCGCGCGGAGGUUCUAGGCUCGAAGGGGUCUGUAGCCUUCGACAACAAACAUUCGAACCAGGUGGUGGUGUCCACGAAUGAAAGCGUCCGCCGCGACUUGCCGCUGCACUUCUUCUUAGAGCGUUACAUGGACGCGUAUGUGGUGGAGAUGGAGGCUUUCAUCCGUGUGUGCACCACUGAUGGUUCUUCCGUUCCUGUUGGUGGACACGAUGGUCGUGAGGCUUUGUUGCUGGCGUUAGCGGCAGACAAAUCGCUUGCUGAGAAGCGUCCUGUUAAAAUCGAUGAGUUCCGGUAG